AUGGAUGAUUGGGAUGAAAUGGAAGAAUUUCAGAAUUUCUGCAUGGAUGAUAUAGCAAUGUUGUUUUAUGAUGAUGAUGAUGUGGUGUUUGUUGAAGAGCGUCGGGGUGAAGGGUGGGAGGUUCAGGAAGAUCGUGGUGAUGAUGAUGUGGUGUUUGUUGAAGAGCGUCGGGGUGGGAGGUUCAGGAAGGUAGUAAUCUAAUCUCUCUUUAAGCCCAAAAAAAAUUUCACUUGAAUUCUGCUUUAGGUGCACCUUACAAAAUCAGACAUUCUAAAAAUCUAUGAAUUCAGAAAUUGCAAAAUCGGUAAAAUCAAAAACAGUCAGAAAUGGGGAAAAACUGUGAAUUCACAAAUUGAGAAAUUCGAAAAGUCGGUAAAUUCAAGAAAGUUCAGACAUUCUAAAAAUCUCCAAAUUCAGACGUUCCAAAAAUCUAUUAUAUCAGAAAUUCAGAAAUUCCAAAAGUCGGUAAAUUCACAAAUUCGGAAAAGCUGUGAAUUCAGAAAUUCAGACGUUCUAAAAUUGUGUGAAUCCAGAAAUUCGUAGAUCCAAGAAAAUUCAGACAUUCUAAAAAGUUGUGAAUACAUAAAUUGAGAAAUUCGAAAAAUCGGUAAAUUCGAAAAAAUUGAGAAAUUGUAAAAAUCUUCAAAUGCAGAGAUUCUAAAACGCUGUGAAUUCAGAAAUCCAAAAAUGGUAACAACCGGUUAAUCCGAGAAAAUUCAGAAAUGGGCAAAAACUGUGAAUUCACAAAUUGAUUCCAAAAAUCGGUAAAGUCAGACAUUCUAAAAAGUUGUGAAUACAUAAAUUCAGAAAUGCUAACAAUCGGUUAAUUCGAAAAGAUUGAGAAAUUGUAAAAAUCUUCAGAUUCAGAAAGUUUUAAGAUCUGUAAAUUCAGAAAUUCAGUUGUAAAAAUCUUCAAAUUCAGACAUUCUAAAACGCUGUGCAUUGAGAAAUUCAAAAAUCGGAAAAUUCAAAAAACACCAGAAAUCCUGAAAAUCGGUAAACUCACAGGUUCAGAAAUGGUAACAAUCGGUUAAUUCGAGAAAAUUCAGAAAUUGUAAAAAUCUGCAAAAUCAGACAUUAUAAAAAUCUAUGAAUUCCAAAAUCGGUAAAUUCAAAAACACUCAGAAAUGGUGAAAAACUGUGAAUUCAGAAAUUCAGAAAUACUAAAAGUCGGGAAAUUCAGACAUUCUAAAAAUCUCCAAAUUCAGACGUUCCAAAAAUCUAUUAAAUCAGAAAUUCAGAAGUUCCAAAAAUCGAUAAAUUCCCAAGUUCUGAAAAGCUGUGAAUUCAGAAAUUCAGACGUUCUCAAAAUGUGUGAAUUGAGAAAUUCCAAAAAUCCGUAAAUCCAAGAAAAUUCAGAGAUUCUAAAAAGUUGUUGAUACAUAAAUUCAGAAAUGCUAAUUAAUUAAUGUUAGUUCGAAAAAAUUGAGAAAUUGUAAAAAUCUUCAAAUUCAGAGAUUCUAAAACGCAGUGAAUUCAGAAAUUCUGAAGUCUUCAAAAUCAGACAUUCUAAAAAUCUAUCAAUUAUGAAAUUCAGAAAUUCCAAAAAUCGGUUAAUGCAAAAAAGUCAGAAAUGGGGAAAAACUGUGAAUUCACAAAUUCACAAAUACUAAAAGUCGGGAAAUUCAGAAAUUCGGACAUUCUAAAAAUCUCCAAAUUCAGACGUGCUGAAAAUCUAUUAAUUCAGAAAUUCCCAAAAGCGGUAAAUGCGAAAAAAUUCAAGCAGUCUAAAAUGCUGUGAACUCAGAAAUGCUAAGAAUCGGUUAAUUCGUAAAAAUUCAGAAAUUGGAAAAAUCUUCAAAUUCAGAAAGUCUGAAGAUGUGUAAAUUCACAAAUUCGGAAAUUCUAAAAAUUGGUAAAUUCGGAAAUUCAGACAUUCUAAAAAGCUGUGAAUUUAGAAAUGCGGAAAUUCUAAAAGUCUUCAAAUUCAGAAAGUCUAAAUGUCUUCAAAUUCACACAUUGUACAAAUCAUGAAAAUAUUUCAAUUUUGAGUGCGAACGCGAAAGUGACCAAAAUGUGUCAGCUGCGAACGAAAAUUUUAAAAAAUCAAAGAUUCUAAGUUGGUUAGUUUUGGUAAUUAGCAUCGAAGGAGAGUGAUUUAGAGUAAGUAAUUACUUAUUAGUAAUAAUUAGAAAUAAGAGUAUGAAGCUGAUAUUAAUUAACCUGCGACUAUCAGUAGUAUGUAACCAAUUUCUAACAUGAGAAGGGGUAUAACUGUCAUAUUAGAAAUAAGACUAUGGAGUUAAUACUAAUUAACCUGGGACCAUCAGUACUACUUGAAUGAAUCUAUGCGUUCAAAAGGCAUAUUCAUUAGUACUAGUAAUUAGUAGCAACCUCAUACUUUUAGUUCUAAUACAACAGUAAUUAAAAAAAUUACUAUGCUUUAUUGUUAACCUGAUAACUUCGGGAAUCCUCUCCAAAGCAAACAAUCUGAUCAAUAGUGUUCUUGAAAUGAAUGUGGCAAUUUAUAUAUACCAGUACGUCUGCUCUAACGUUAACCAAUAUAAAUAUAAAUAGACCUUUUCAAGUUAUAGUUAUGAAAUACACGUGCUGACAUACUA